GACAGACCGAAGGAGUAGAGCAGAUAUACGACAAAUAGCAGCAGAGCGCAAGUGAUAGUACGUACGGAACACGAUGGGCGGAGCGGAGCAAUGAGCUACGGCACACAUGUAUCGCGAUAGUAGCAGACCGAAGGAGCAGAGCAGAUGGACAGAAAGGAACAGAGAGAGCGGGUAACAGUAUGUACAGAGCACACAAAGCAGAGGACGAGCAGUAUCAUGGAAACCAAGAAGAUAGCAAUGGAGAGGAAAAUCGACAUCGGUGCAGUCCGGCCGUAGGGGCGUCCAGAGCGGGCGCUACAUCGAGGAUUGCGUUUGAAGCCACUACGGUCCGAAGGAACACAAACGAAAGGGGGGACGUUCCUUGGCGUGGUUCACCAGAAUUUAACUCUGUCCCACCAGGGCAGGAUGGAGCGAGAGCAGACCGAAUUGGCGCAAACCCAGGGCUAUACAUCUGCAGGAUGGUAUCUUCACGGGUAAUGCGAGGCGCGUGCAUGCGCGUAGAAGUGGAGCUCGAAGCACCGCCGGUCAGCGAAGGCUUAGAACGAGCAGUGUAGGGUCUCGACGGCUGAUCGCAUUCGGAACGAAGGGGGCCAAGGGCCAGCGUCGACCCCACCGAGCCUGCCGCUGUCGCAAGAACGCUGGAGUGAUGGAAGAUGAACCAAGUUUAUAAAUCGGCACCGGUGGAGGCCGACGUUCUUUUCCCGGG